AUGGAGAAACAAUCAAACAAGCCUCACAGGCCAUCGAAGGAGAAGAAGAAACCUCAAAGAGGAGAGAAAAAUGUCAAAGCCUUCGCCGUCGCCAAUCCUGGCCGCCUCGCGAAGCAGGCGGUUCGGUCAAGCGACAUCAAUGAAAAGCGACUGCAUGUUCCUCAAGUCGACCGAAUCCCAGAAGAAGCACCGCCGAUUGUCGUCGCAGUUGUCGGUCCUCCUGGCGUUGGCAAGACCACUCUCAUUAAAAGCAUAAUCAAAAGAUACUCCAAGCAGACUUUGUCGCACCCUACCGGCCCUCUGACAGUCGUAACCUCGAAAAGACGGCGACUUACCUUCCUCGAAUGUCCCUCCGACUCUCUCGCUGCUAUGAUCGAUGUUGCAAAAAUUGCUGACAUUGUCCUCCUCAUGAUUGACGGCAAUUACGGUUUUGAGAUGGAGACCAUGGAAUUCCUGAACGCUCUGAGCGUUUCUGGUAUGCCAGGAAAUGUCUUUGGCAUCCUGACACACUUAGAUUUGUUUAAAAAGCAGAGUACAUUGCGGAUGGCAAAGAAGAGAUUGAAACACAGAUUUUGGUCGGAACUCUACCAAGGCGCAAAACUAUUCUACUUGUCCGGCGUUAUUAAUGGGCGGUAUCCCGAUCGAGAAAUACACAAUCUAUCAAGAUUCCUGUCAGUCAUGAAGAAUCCUCGACCGCUGAUCUGGAGAAAUAGCCACCCCUACUGUUUGGCAGAUCGGCUACUGGAUGUGACCCCCCCAACACAGAUCGAAGAGAAUGAGAAAUGUGACAGACAAGUUGCGUUAUAUGGCUACCUUCGAGGCACCAAUUUUCCAGCAGAAGGAGCAAGAGUGCAUGUUCCCGGUGUAGGGGACUUAUCGGUCAGAGAAAUUGAGGCGCUGCCGGAUCCAUGUCCCGCCCCAUUCCUCGACCAGGCCAUGGCCAAGGCAAGCGGAAAGGCGUCCAGAAGAAAACUGGGCGAGAAGCAGAAAGUCCUUUUCGCCCCCAUGUCAGAUGUUGGCGGUGUCCUGGUAGACAAGGAUGCCGUCUACAUAAAUGUAAAGACGAACACCUUCGAUCGAGAUGCAGAUGACGGUGAAGAGAGGGGUCUAGGAGAGCAGCUGAUGAUGAGUCUCCAAGGGGAACGUAGACUGCUUGGUGAGGUUGACGGUGGUGUCCGGCUCUUCCAGGGUGGGCGGCAACUCAGCGAAGGUGAUAACAAUGACAACGACACGGGCCGUACCACGAAGAGAGGAAUCCGAUCAUUUGGUCAAGAUAGCCCUCAUGAUGGUGUCGACCAAGAAGAAGACGUGGACGAGGGCUUUGUGAGUGGAGAGAGUAACGAUGAGCUGAGUGACGACGAACAAGUAAUCGAUUUCCCUGAGCACACAGGCCGCCCUGGCAUUGUUGAGGAGGAAGAGCUAGAUGAGGAACAAGGCGCAGGCGAACUCGAGUUUGCCGACAGUGACUCUGAUCUAGGUUCCAUCUCUGGUGACAACCAGAAUGACCAAGAUUUUACUGACGAGGAUUCGGAGUUCGACGAAAGCGAGGAUGAUGGCGGUCUCCGGUGGAAAGAGAAUUUGUCUGAACACGCUCGAAAGUCACAUUCAACCUCAGUAGCGUUCCGCGCUGCCGAUCUGUCUCGAUUGAUGUAUGACCUGACUUUGACCCCUGCAGAAGCCAUUGCAAAAUGGCGCGGAGAGCAGAGCCAUCAAACCAACACUGAACACGACGAGGUCGACGACGAAGACAAUUUUUUCAACAAAGCCAAGACUGAACAGGAGGAAGAACUACAAGAUCGACAAACCCCCCGAUAUGUCUAUGAAGACCUAGCACAAAAAUGGGAGGAUGAGGAUAACGUUCAGUCCAUCAAGUCCCGGUUCACGAGAAAGUCUCUCGCCACAGGAGCUAAUGCAGACUCUGAUGAGGACGAGUACGGUGGUUUCGACGAAGACGCCGGGGACGACUCUGACGAAGGCGACGGCGAAUUUGAAGACUUGGAAGCAGCACCCGAGCAGGAUUCGGAGGCUCAGACAGAAUUAACGUUAGAAGAAGAGCGCAUCAAGAACGCCAAAAGGAAGGAAGAACUUAAACUUCGAUUUGAGGAAGAAGAUCGAGAAGGCUUUGCAAACGGCAAAAGUGAAGUCAAGGCUACCGAGCAAGAGUUUGGAGAAGACGAAUGGUACGAUGCUCAGAAAGCCAUGCUCCAGAAACAACUCGACAUCAAUCGAGCUGAGUUUGACAGUCUGGAUCCAGUAGCCCGAGCACGAGCGGAAGGAUUCAAGGCUGGCACAUACGCGCGAAUUGUGUUGGACAAAGUCCCCUACGAAUUUGUCCGCUCUUUUAAUCCCAAGCUUCCCGUCAUCAUCGGAGGAUUGGCUCCCACUGAAGACCGGUUUGGCUUUGUUCAGGUCCGCAUCAAGCGACAUCGAUGGCACAAGAAGAUUCUCAAAACCAACGAUCCUCUCAUCUUUUCGUUGGGCUGGAGGAGAUUUCAGACACUGCCGAUUUAUUCGAUCUCCGAUUCACGAACACGAAACCGAAUGCUCAAAUACACCCCGGAACAUAUGCAUUGCUUUGGUACAUUCUAUGGUCCGCUGGUAGCGCCAAACACUGGAUUCUGUUGUGUUCAGUCCUUUUCCAACGCCAACCCUGGGUUCCGAAUUGCCGCCACGGGAGUUGUCCUGAACGUGGAUGAAACCACGGAAAUAGUCAAGAAGCUCAAACUCACAGGGUACCCUUACAAAAUCUUCCGCAACACUGCGUUCAUACGCAACAUGUUCAAUUCAUCAUUGGAAAUUGCUAAAUUCGAAGGAGCGAGUAUACGAACCGUCUCCGGAAUUCGUGGGCAGAUCAAGAGAGCUCUUAGCAAACCUGAAGGGCAUUUCCGAGCCACAUUCGAGGACAAAAUCCUCAUGUCAGACAUCGUCUUUCUGCGAGCCUGGUAUCCAGUCAAGCCUCACAGGUUUUACAAUCCUGUUACCAAUCUACUGGAUGCGCCUCCCAGCGGACCCGCAAAUACCGACGGAGAGGGUCAACGAGUCGAUGAUGGCUCGGAGGGAUGGCAGGCCAUGCGACUGACGGGAGCCGUGAGAGCAUCGAUGGGCAUCCCUACACCCCUGCUCAAGGAUUCGGCUUACACCAAGAUCGAACGACCGAACCGACAUUUCAACCCCCUCCGAGUCCCUCGUGCCUUGGCGGCAGAACUCCCAUUCAAAUCACAAAUUACUCGACAAAAAGCAAGAAAAGCACCCACGUACCUCCAGAAGCGGGCGGUGGUGAUGGGUGGCGAGGAGAAGAAAGCCCGAGAUCUAAUGCAGAAAUUACAGACUAUGAGGAACGAGAAGGCAGAAAAGCGAGCCAAGAAGCAAGAAGAGAGGCGAGCCGUGUACCGCAAGAAGGUUGCCGAGAACAUGGAGAAGAAGGAGGAACGAGAAAAGAGAGAGCGAGACGAGUUCUGGCGCAAAGAAGGUCGGAAACGAAAGCAUGCAGAGGCGGGCGGUGGUGGUGGAGGAGGACGAGGGAAGCGGUCGAAGCGAUAA